CUUUUUUCUUUUUUUUUCGCUCUUCUUUCCUGUUCUUGCAUGGCAAUUUACAACCAAGAUGUAUUAAAAGAAGAAGGCAUGGAUCCUUCUUCACCUACCCUCUCUUCAACCCAUUCUCCAUUUUCUGUUGCUUCCCCGGUGCCAGAAGACGUAACAACUAUCUUUGUCGUUGGUUUCCCUGACGAUAUGCAAGAAAGAGAGUUUCAAAACAUGUUUUUAUUCUCCAAAGGCUUUGAAGGCGCUUCAUUGAAAUGGCACUGCAAACAGGAUGAAGAAUCCAACGAGAAUAAUAAGAAGCAAAUGAUUGGAUUUGCUCGAUUUACCACUCGCUCAGAGGCGAUGGAAGCUGUUGAUAUAUUGAAUGGCAGAAAGGUCGAUGUGGAGAAGAGCUCAGUUUUAAAAGCUGAGAUGGCCAAAAAGAAUUUACAUAUUAAAAAAGGUACAAACUCUUCCGCUACUUUACCCGGUAGCAGUAAUACAACCAUCAACAAUACCACCACUACCGCCACCACCACUACUACGACCACUACCUCUGCCACUUCGCCCAUGACCAUUCUCACUCGCAAUUUAAGCCAAAAGAGUCAUAAAUUGACCGGAAUCAAUAACAAUUAUGAACCAUUCUCACCUAUUCCAAGUGACUUAUUAUCGCCUAUUCAUGAUCCAUUUUUUAGAGGAUCCGAUAUAUUCAACGAUGCUCGUUCUCAGUCUUUUGAUGCUAGAAGUCAACAGAUUCCUACCGGUAACAUCCAACCAUACCAUCCUCAUCCUCAUCAUCAUCAACAGCAGCAACAACAACAACAACAGCCAUUUCAUCUAUUUUCUAAAUCAACUUUUAUGGACCCUGACUCUGAUCCCUUCCAUUACUUGUCAAAAUCACUACCCAUGUCAAACUUUGACUCGGCUACAAUAGAUAACAAGUUACUCGGCGAUGACUAUGCUUCCAUUAUGAACCGCAAAAAUUCGUUUCAACCUACAACAACUACCUCUCUAUCUCGUCUGAGCACAGCCACCAUGGAUCAGAACCCUCCCUGUAAUACGCUUUAUGUAGGCAAUUUGCCUCUCAGUACAAACCAAGAAGAACUGCGUUCCCUCUUUUCAAAAUGUGAAGGAUAUAAGCGCAUGUGCUUCCGCAUAAAGUCUCCACAACAAGGGCCAAUGUGUUUUGUUGAAUUUGAAGAUGUGUUGUAUGCCACGCAAGCAAUGACAAAACUUCAAGGCUACAUGCUUUCAAAUUCAGUCAAGAGUGGUAUUCGUCUUUCGUUCUCAAAGAAUCCUUUGUUUAUCAAACCAAAGGAUAACUCAGAUGUCAACUUUAACUUUAGAGAAAUGGGCGCUGCUUUAUUAGCAGACCUAUAAACAUUUAUACACCAUACGCACACAUAUAUACAACUACUACUACAUUCACACACACAAUCUCACACAUUAUAUAUACAUUUUAUUUUUUUUCUUAUUAUUAUUAUAUUACUGGCACUGUGCAACUCAUUUACAUUUUAAAAGAAAAAAAAAAGCAAAGAAAAAAGAAUUCAUUGUUAUUAUUAUUUUUAAUUUGUG